UCAUCAGAUUCUUGGCAUUUUUUUUGGAGAUCUCUGGUAAUCUCAGGCAUAAGUCUAAAAAUUUCGCAAUACUUUAACCGUGCGAAGCUUAUUUUGUUUUUACGUCACGAAAACCGCGUGACGGAACGCGGUGCGACGUCGUCGGGUGUGCAAAUUCCUAUUCCUGUAGGAACUCGGACCCAAGCUUGAGAUGCUGCCCAUUCGACAGAUCCUACGUUUUGGUGCACGUGUAGUACGCACUGGACAUGCAGCAUGUCAUGUUGCAGUUUCAUCCAAACCGAGCAAUAUCGGAGCACUCCGUCACGUGCGGCUCACUCACGAGGACAGUAGCACUCGCACAGAAUUGGGCAAAUUAGAGGGGAAAUUGAGGCUGAUGUUUACGUGCAAGAAAUGUCAAACGAGAACAAGCAAGCUGAUAUCAAAGUUGGCGUACAAUAAAGGAGUGGUGAUAGUGAGAUGCGAAGGUUGCAAGAACAAUCACCUCAUUGCCGAUAAUUUAGGAUGGUUCUCAGAAAUAAGUAAAAAAACGAACAUCGAAAAAAUCAUGGAACUGAAGGGGGAAACUGUUCGAAAGAUAAUGAAUGACGUAGAUGGCUAUUAUGAGGCUGUUUCGAAAGAGGAGUUCAAGUCACAGAACAAGAAUGAUAGUGAGACAGAACCAGAUGACGAAUGCUCUGAUAAAAUUAAAAUAACUGAGAAAUCACAGAGAAGCUGAAACUCCUUUUGAAUACUAAUCCUUAUCUUCCAAAC